AUGGGCCACAAACGCGUGCGUGGGAAAGCGAGCUUUGUCGAGGAAGUAUUGCGGGAUAUGUCUUCCAACUUGCCUGUACGGCGAGCCCCUCUGCGCGCGCGCAACGCUGCGUCCAAGACGGACGAGAAUGCACAUGCGUAUCGCCCUGCACGCUCCGGUGCGCCGCAUGCCGGUGCGUCGAAAGAUGCGCUUGCCAACGACAAGUCGCUCUCGGGAGCCGAGUCUACGCGCCCCAGCGCACCUGGCGUGCUUGGUACGAGGAAACGCGCUGCACUGGGCGACCUGACUAAUGCCAACCGUGUGCGCAGCACUCAUCUUGUCGGCAAGCCCGACGAGAAAAAGGCCGAUGCCAAGGACACCAAAGUCCACAGCCGCCCGCGUCUGGCUGUGCCGGCGGCGCGCCCCGCCUCGCAUCUGCCAGCGCGGCCACCGACGGUGCGCCGCACACUGCGUGCCAAGCCCGACGUGCCAGAAGCCAUGGCAAUCGAUACGCCGCGUGGGACACAAACAUCUGCCGAGCCCGGCCCGGCGGAGCAUGCCGAGCCGCGCGAAGCGAAACGCGUCAAAGUCGUGGAAAGCACUGUGCCAAAAGACGCUGGAUGGGAAGAUUUGGACAAGGACGACAUGGAUGAUCCGCUCAUGGUCUCUGAGUACGUCGAGGAGGUUUUCGCGUACAUGCGCGAGGUCGAGCUGCGGUGUAUGCCCAACGGCGAAUACAUGCACAUGCAGCGCGAUCUGAACUGGCAUCUGCGUGGCGUACUCGCGGACUGGCUGAUUGAGACGCACAACAAGUUCCGACUCCUCCCCGAGACGCUGUUUCUUGCACUGAAUAUUGUGGACCGCUUCCUGAGCCUGCGCACCAUCUCGCUCUCCAAGCUCCAGUUAGUCGGCGUCACUUCGCUGUUUAUCGCCGCCAAGUACGAAGAGGUACUGUGCCCCUCGAUCCAGAAUUUCCUGUACAUUGCCGACGGCGGGUACACGGACGAAGAGAUCCUCCGCGCGGAGCGCUACAUGCUCAAAGUACUCAGCUUUGACCUGAGCUACGCGUCGCCCAUGAACUUUUUGCGCCGCAUUUCCAAAGCCGAUAAUUAUGAUAUCCAGACACGCACGGUGGCCAAGUACUUUAUGGAGAUUGCGCUCGUCGACUACCGACUCCUGGACCACCCCCCCUCCUUGUGUGCUGCUGCAGCGGUUUGGAUGGCGCGCGAGGUGCUGGAACGCGGCGAGUGGACUCCGACUUUGGUGCACUACUCGACGUACGCCGAGAGCGAGCUGCUGGGUACUGCUGAGAUUAUGCUCGACUAUAUCCUGCGCCCCCCAGCCCACCGACACUUUUACAAGAAGUACAGCAGCAAAAAGUUUAUGCGCGCGAGUGCCUACGUCAUGGAAUGGGCAAAGAGCAGCUUUCCGAAUGCGGUCGUCACCGAGAACGACGUUGCGCUUGGAAAGUGGACCGACGAGUGCGGAGAGAAGCACUCGCUCGACAUGCUCCGUGUGGAUCUCUACGAGCGCCAUGGCCAUCCUCGCCCCGCUGUGCUGCCACUAGGAAGCGUGUCCCGCUCCGUGUCGCCGGCGUCUGACGCGGCUUAG